AGAGCAGAUUACAGCUCCAGGGCCAGUGUGUGUCUCGCUCACAAACGCUCGGAAUUCAGCUGAAACUUCGCCAUUCUGGCCACAGUCUUCCUCAAAGACUCUUCCUCUUCUGUUUGUCUCCGCUGAUCACGGCUUUCUACCGCAGAGCAAAGUAAUAUGCAGGGUGCAGUGAGAGUGCAGGAUGCAGACAGGUCCUCCAGGUUCCUCUCUCAAUGAAACCCCGCCCAGGUAUGACACGCCCCCGGCCCCUCUGAAGUGCACCCCCCAUGUGACCUCCAGCAGCCCGGCCAAGAGGAUUACCUUCUUCAAAAGCGGCGACGCCCAGUUUGGGGGUGUGAGGAUGGCCAUCCACCGGCGUAGUUUUAAGUGCUUCGACGCGCUGCUGGACGACCUGUCCCGGAAGGUCCCGCUGCCGUUUGGGGUGCGCACCAUCACCACCCCUCGCGGGACGCACCGAAUCCGCCAGCUGGACCAGCUGCAGGACGGCGGCUGCUACCUGUGCUCCGACCGCCACUGCGCCAAGCCCAUCGACAUAGAGGCUGCUGGGAAGGGCCCCGCCAUCUGGCACCACAGCCGGCCUCCCAGCGGCCGCAGAAAGCCCUCCCGGCCAGAGGAGGCGCCGGCGCGCCCUGCCAGCCGCUACCCCCGCCACCCCAAGCGCAUCGUCCUGGUGAAGAACACGGACCCCGCUGUGCGACGCUCCGUCAUCGUCAGCCGCCAUUCCACCCGCACCCUCCACACCUUCAUGGAGGAGGUCUCCGAGCUCAUGAACUGCCACAUCCGCAAACUCUACACACUGGAUGGGCACAAGAUUGACAGUGUUCAGGGCCUGAUGCAGUGCCCCAGUGUGCUGGUGUGUGUUGGGCAGGAACCCUUUCGCCCCCUGCUGGUGGAGAGUUUCCGGAAGAACUCAGAUGAGAAGCUGCCUGGACUGAGAAACAGGUCACAGUCCAGCACCUUCAGCGAGGGCCAGGAAAGCAAGAAAAAUGUCAACUUUGGACUCGAGACCAAGAAAAGUAUCAUCCACCCCAGGUCGGAUUCAAGCAACCGCUCAACCCGGUUUUCCCUGUCCUCUGAGAAAUCCUACCCCAAUGGGCUCAACGCAUCUCCGGGCAACAGUGGCUGUGCUGGCACCUGCCACCACACUAAGGGGAGCCUGACGAAUGAUGACAUUGAAAAAAGAGUCAUUGUCAACAAGGAUGGCAGCCUGUCUGUGCAUAUGAGUGUGCGUUUCCGCCUCCUGAACGAUGAGACGCUCCAGUGGUCCACAGAGAUUAAGAAGUCUGCCGUUGGGACUGAGUGCUGUUUGGGGAAAGAGGAGGAGCCCAGCGGCCUCCAGCAGGGAAAAAUCCAGGGCUUCUCAGAGCCGGAGUCCAUUUCCGGCUGUGAAGUGGAGGACACUUACACCACAAAGCUGGAGCAGAUGCUCCUGGAAGAGUCCCGCUGCCAAAACUGCUGCAAUCACUGCCAAGAGUAUGACAUCUGGAAGCACCCUCUCCACAGUGACCCGGACCCCUCCCGACCCGCCCGCUCCUCCAGCUCUAGCACCUCGUCCUGCAAAAUUGUCUGCAAGAAGGCAUCUGUGGCGAGCAUGCACACCGUGUCAUGCUCUAGUGAGGAGUACACUGAGCAUGUGGUGGAAAAGGCCACCUGCAUCCAGCAAACAGCAGAGGACAGAGACACCAGGGUGGAGUUCUGCUCCGUCAGCCGCUGCUGUAGCCACAGUGAAAUCUGCACUGCAUCUCCUGGGCCCAGGGGAGGCCAAAAAAACAACACCAAAUGUGACCAGGCCAGACCUGACAGCAGCAGUCCCAUUUGCUCACACAAAGAGCAGAUCAGCGUCAAGGUCAAUGGGGUGAUAGAGGAUCGGCCGACAUCUGCCAUCAGUAACUCCUCCAAGGUGCUGGAAGCUCUCAGGGAAGACCAGGAUGAUGAUGAAAAUGAUGAAGAAGAGGACCUCCUGCUUAGUGCAUUCAGAGCAUCUGUGAGGUCCUGUAUGCAGCUUGCUGCAAAUAAUCAGAAGUUGCAGCCAGCAGGGACCCCAGAAGAAAACCCUGAAGUGUCAGCCAUAGGCACAAAGUUGAAUUGCUCUACCAGUUCUGCUUCACCCAUCAUCCAUCUCACACCCAGACCCCCCAGCAGGGAGUCCAACUGCUCCGCCCACUCCUCACAUCCCCGUAAGACCAACAAGGCUGCCUCCCCAGAGCCAGACAGUCUCCCAAACGAAGCAGAGCAAGAGGAUGAUAAUGAAAAAAGGAAGAAGAGUGGUGCAUCGUCCAGACAGACCUCCAAGUGUCAUGGUGGAGCUUCCUCAGAGACUGAGGGAGCACAGGGGGACUGCAAAAGAGCCUUCAGUAGCAGAGCCUCUAGAGCAUCCAAAACAUCGGAGCACAGCUGCUAUAUGAGAGUGUCCCCUACAGGACUGGAGGGCACAGGCCAAAGUGCCACUGGGGAGACAGAGGAAAGGUCCAUCAGCAACACAUCCACAGGCACACAGACCUCGAGUAGGUCCAGGAAUGCACAUGUGUGUCUGCACUGCCAAGGGUCCAAUGGGACGGCUGGGACACAAGCAUCGGAGAUUCCUGCCCAAAUAGAUGUGGAGGAGAUGGCAGAAGAGGCUGAUCCCAGAUCAGCAAUUGCAGCAUCUGCUGGGUCAAAUGCAUCAACCCGCUCUGUGAAGUCCAACAAAUUUGAGCACACCGCUGGAACAGAAACCCCAGCAUCUAAUGUCUCAGGAAACCCCCCCAAAGGCGAUAAGGAACAAGAGGAGCCAGAGCCUGGAGAUAGAGCUGCCAGUGCUGGAUCCAUCAAAUCCAGAGUUUCAGAACAAUCUGGGAAGAGCCACAGGUCCAUGUGCAGUGCAUGCAGUCGGUCAGUCGCAGGGCUGAUGGUGUCAGUGUGUCCUGCAGAGGGGGAGGCAGAAGGAAAAUCAAUUUCUGCUGAGUCAGGCAAAACAACCCCCUCUGCACAGUGCACGUCUGAGCAUAAUGCAUCAGUGACCAGAUUGGCUAAAUCAGAGGAUACCAAUGGACAAGUUUCAGAGGAAAUAGCAGGUUGUGUAGCGGGGAGGGCUAUCAGCAGCAUGUCAGAUAAAUCACACACUUCAGAGCAAUCCAAGAGCUCCAGAUGCUCAGAGCUCACUGCAUCAGAAAGAGCUGUAACUCAAAAGCCAGAAAGAGUGGCUGAGGAUUGCAGGGAGAAAGAGGACCUGAAUGGAAAACGACCAGAUAGCACCAUGUCUACCAAGACAAAUGUGUCAGCAAACUCAAAGCGGUCAAACGUGUCCCAGGGAAAUUUGUCUGAAAGGGCUCUUACACCAGCGUCUGCAACAAGCCCAGGGGAAACUGUGGAAAGAGGAGCCAGUGGGAUGUCCAAGUGCACAACACAAUCAUCUACCAGAUCAAAAGCAUCCACCAAGCCAUCAGCUAAAUUAGAUAACACAGAAAGAGCCCCAAGUGCAAUGUCAGCUAAGUCAAACAGCUGUGCGAUGUCCAGGAAAUCGAAUAAAUCAGAGGGGCCUACUGCUGCUGCAGAACUGAAUGGAGACCUAGGACCCCUAAACACUGAGACAAGGAUAGCAAGUGCACUUUCUCUGAGCUCUAAAGCUUCAGUCAAGUCAGGGUCAUCCAGUAAGCGAAUCCACAAUGGUUUCAAGGAAGCAUCAGACAGAGCCUCAAGCCCUGCAACACCAGGGUCAGAGCAGGAAGGGAAUGACAGGGCAGGCAGCACCUUUUCUGUGCAAACCACAGCCUCUGGAAGGUCACAGGAGUCCAGUAAGUGUCAUUGUGUUGCUUCAGAGAGGGAUGGAACACCAGCAGAUGCAGAGAGGGUGGCCAGAGUAGUGUCAGUGAAAUCUGCAAAAUCACAGCACAGUGACUCUGAGAGGCUUGUAACUCCCACAUCCAUGGUGUCUAUCUCCAUUGGUGCAGUGGAAGAACAGGCUACUAGUGAUGCAGAAGAGAGAUUCAGGAGCACUAUAUCUGAAAACUCACUGGUCUCAGCUCGAUCUAUCAAGUCACAGGGCCAGUCAGAAAGGUCAAAACCAGAAACAACUAUUUUACCAAUGGCAUGUGAGACUGAAGGCUCUUCUCCACAAGCAGGUACACCAGCUUCAGCUACUUCAGGGAUGGCUUCAGGUAGUGAGACAGAAGUAGCAAGUGUUAAGUCUACAAGCACAAAAAACUCCAGAAAAAGUGAAUCAGAUCAUUACUUGCAUGUUCAUAAGGACAGAACCUCCUCUGCCAUGUCAAAAGCAUCCGGAAAGAAAUCCCCAUCUAAACAUUCCCGACCAGCAAGUAAGACUUCUUGGGCAGCUGAGAAUGCUAGGAAAUUGCCCAGUGAGGUGGAAAGAGAAGUGGAUGCAGUGGCAGGUGAGGCGGUCUCCAGUGUUAGCUCCAGAAGUAGCAGGAGCAAUGGUGUAGGUGAAGGCACAAUGUCCAGGUCCAUUUCCAAGCCUUCUGCACACUCAACAACCAGCAAGUCAACAAUGAAAAAUCACUGCAUCACAGCAGCUGACAAGAGACCAAAAGGCAGUCAGUCCAAUGCUUCCUUUCACUUGCAAGUGAAAGAGCAGCUUACAAAACCUGAGAGCAUUAAUGGGAGUGUUCAGUCAGUGAAGACAAAAUCAAGUAAGAAAGUUCCAAUAAAUGAUUUAAAAGUUGAGGAAGCCUCAAGGCCAAACUCUGCCAAUUCUCAAGAUCGCCUUAGUCCCAGUUUGCCAAAGCAAAGGUCUCACAGUCAUAAAGGACCUGCCAUGCUGCUGGGAAACUCUGGCGACAGUAUCCUGUCUAACUCACUGUCUGCAGCAGAUCUUCUGAGGAAAAACUGUAACUCUAGACAGGCUAUGGGAAGGCCUAAGUCCACCGCUUCUGAAAGUUUGCAUAACGGGGCUCCUGAAGUGAUAGACUGUGGCAAGCAUGAAAAUAACUACAAAAGUGAGAAGAGCUGUAAAUCAGGAACCCGGAAGGGCAGCAGUUCCUCUCGGCACAAGGUAGAAGAUGAAAUGUCAGAACUCGUGCCCUCAAGCUUACCAGACACCUCCCCUAUAGAGGUAGUGAAUGAGUGGCUGAAGAAGAUACCAUCAGACAACCCCAUUUAUGAAGUGGGAGACAACUUUGAGGAGUGCUGUGAGGGGAGAGAAGCUGUGGAGGGACAAAAGGAAUCAGAAGACUUGACUAAUGAUGUAACUGGGGGUGAUCAGGCAUUUGAGGAGGGAAAGGAGCAGCAGAUAAAAGCUGAGACUCCAGAGAAAAUAAAGGACGAGAUCUGUGCUCCAGAGGCAGCAGAACCAGAGCACCCAGACACCACUGACAUGGCCCAGUCUCCUGAGUCAAAAUGCCUCAUAAGAGACAGCUUUUCCAAGGGCUGCCACUCCUCUGUACAGGUGAUGAAGGUACUACUGAGCUCCAAGCUGGACAGGUGUAACAGCCUGCCUGAAGUGUCCCCAGUAUAUGGGCGGAAAAUCAGCUCCUCAGCUAAAGGGCUGCUGGACUGCCUGACUAAGCUGCAGCUGGUGGGCUCUGACCCGGCAGAUGUGAAGGCCAAAAGUGACAAAUACCAGGAGGUGAUGGACAUCCUGCAGUCGCUCUGGCUCUCUGACCCCCUAGACUGCAACCAGACCAGGAAGAAAAGUCAGCUGAAAGACCAUAGCCCAGAUGAUGAGUGCAAUCCUAGAUCAUCUUCAGGAGUGGAUGUUAGCGGCAGCUCAGGAGAAUCUGGGAAGAGCAUGGGAACAGUUGAUCAGGUACUGAAAGUGGGCAUAGCGCAAGGCAGGAUCACUCCAGUGUUAGAGCAGGAUGCACCGCAGGAGCCCAUUGCGUUCAGUGAUGGAGAGGAGAACUCCCAGCAAGCCCUGGAGAAUGCAUCUGACCCAGCCACCCCAGACAUUGCCAGUCGAGUACAGGGCACCCCCGGGGGUGGAGAAACAGACACAGAGAAAGAGCAACAGGAUGAAGAAGAGGGUCUGGCUUCAGAACAAACUAUCAAGAGCAGCGAAAGCCCAAAGGAUGUGAUAGAAACACCCUCUUCAUCAAACAAGAGUUCUGGAAAUGACAGCAACCCAGAAAAAUCCCCUGAUGAGAAGGACCCAAAGGACACCAGCUCUGGGACGUCCACAUCGGUCCAAAGAGCACAGGUGACCGAAAAGACCACCCAGGACCCUGAUCCUGUUUGGGUGCUGAACCUGUUGCAAAAACUGGAGAAGCAGUUUAUGUCCCACUAUAUGACAGCAAUGGCUGAGUUUAAGGUGCGGUGGGAUCUGGAUGAGAGUGUGCUGCUUGACACUAUGAUAAAUGAGCUCAAGGAUGAAGUUCACAUGAGGAUACAGUCCAGUAUCAGCUGGGAACUCAAGAAGAUCCAGAGCCGGGCAGCGAGAGGCCCCAGGUCGUCCCUGCAGGCCAUCACACGGGAGUCUACCCAGCAAACUGAGCAGCGGCGUCGGCGGCUCAGGGUCAUGCGCAACAAGUCCAUUUACUCAUCCCUCUCCAGGAGCGAGGAAAACUUCACCGCUACAGCCACCGACUACAGCGACCAGCGCAGUGAGGAUGACUUCUGUCCCUGUGACACCUGCAUGAAGAAGAAAAUGGCUGCCAGAUCUAUCCCACCUGAGUUUGUGAAUCCUCCUCCGCAGAUGAAGGAUUUUGAUCUCCGGAAAAUCCUGCAGAAGAAACAGGAGCCAUCCCAGCAGAAGCAAACUGGACAGCAGGAGGCACUGGCUGGAAAUAAUGAGGAAGCUGAAAAUCUUAAAUUGGUGCCGGAGAAGUCAGAAGAGGAGAAUGACGAUGAAGAGCAUUAUUGCACAGUUAAAAAAUCCAGUCGAGAGGAAGGACUAGCUCAAGAGGGGGAAGGGGAAAAGAAAGGUGUGGUUGAGCAGGAAGAGGAGACAGCUGACGAUGAAACAGAGGAAGGUGAGGAGGGUAGAGCAGAGGUGGGUGGAGCAGAGGAAGGGGGUGAUGAAGCUGAGGACAUUGAAGAGGCUGCAGAGGAAAAGGAGGAUAAAGAAAGAGAGACAGAUGCAGAUGAAACAAGAGCAGAUGAAGGUGAGGAAAAAGGUGAAGGAAAGAAAGUAGAAGACUCAAAGGCAGAUGAGGAAGUAGAGGAUGGAGGUGAUGAAGGCUGUGCCACUGGUGACAGUAAAAAUGAAGAAGUAGCUGAGAAUGAGCUGAACGAGGAGGAAGAGGAAGAUGAGGCAGAUGAUGCAAAUAAGGAAUUAGGCAACCAAGCAGAUGAUGGUGAAUCUGGCAGGACAGGCACAGAAAAGACUGAAGAGAAAAGGGAAACAGGGGGUGGAGACAGGCUGGAGGCAGACAGGGAGGGUUCUGGGCCUGAACCUGUAAAUAAAAAGAGCAGGGGAGUGAGGGAGGUGCAGGAGGAGAAGAAGCAUGAGGAUGAAGAGGAAAAACAAAGCGAUCAAGAGGAAGACAAAAAGGAGAGGUGUGGAGAGGAAGCGGAUACUAUUGAGGAGACUGAUGGGGAAGAAAAUAUUAACUACUGUGGUGAGGAAGAAAAGGACUUUAAAAAUCACCUGAUGAGACAAAUAACAAAGUCUUCUAUGGAAUCUCAGCAAGGAUCUAGAGAAAACUCCAUGGAUUUAGAGACUGAGGGACAGACUAAUGACAUUAGAAGUUCCCAUGGCAGCCCCAAAGCCAGAAGCAAUCACAUGUAUCCAGCUUCCUCAGAAGAGGAGGUCAAAGAUCCAGGAUGCUCCAGCACAGAGGGACACAAAAUGGCUGCCAAACUAGACGGCAAUGCUGAAGGGAGACAUGUGGUCACUCAGACAUAAAAUCCUUAAAAUCCACAGAAUCAAGGAAGCCAAAGAAGAACGAACUUGACCUUUAUUUUUAGAGGUAUAACAUUAGUGUCGUAAAAUAAAUCUUAACUUUCAGCACUUUACUUUUUCAUUCCCUGUUACUGUGAAGUCUAGGUAUCUGUGUACAAUCAAAUAUAAUCAUGUUGCACCUGUGAACCCAACUUUAUGAACCCAGGUUUAUGAAAAAGGAGAAUUCUUUGAAAUAUAAAAAUAUAUGAAGGAGGCUUCCUAUUAUUGACACUAGUACACAAGUUUAUGGAAGUGAAAGGACAAUAUUUUUACUUCAAGAAGAAAUUAUGUAUGGACUGUGUAGCUGAUUCUUUUCUAAUUAUGAAUGUGUCAAAUGUAUGUACUGGACAAAACAUACUCACAGUUAAGUAAGCCUUAGCCCUACUGCAUUUGACAUCUAAGGAUCUGCAGAUAACAGAGCAUUGAGUAGCCAACAGUUUAUUUAUUUAUUUAUUUAUUUAUUUAUUUAUUUAUUUGCUUUCUUGCUUGUUUGUUUGUUUGAACAUAUUGGAACCACAGUGUAUUGCCAUUUUAAAACAAAUUUGUGAAAAGACUACUUGAGAAUUUUAGAAUCAGACCAUUAUUUAUGUUCUGUUUUGCAGGGACAGAAUCUCAGGGAAUGUUAAACAACCCUGUGCCCUACAUAUGUCCUAUGUCCUGUUUCCUAAAUCCUAUGUCAUGUUUCCUGAGUCCUAUGUCCUGUCCUGUGUCCUUUGUCUUGUUUCCCGUGUGCUAUGUCCUGUCCUGUGUCCUAUGUCUUGUGUCCUGGCCUUGUGUUGAGAUUUCUCAAACGAGUGUCAUUGAGAAAUACACACAUUCCACACAACCUGCCAGUAUUUAUUCCUUCUGGGACUGGGUAUAUGCUCCAGUGUUGCUUUGAAUAUGUCUUGUAAUAUUAACCUCCAAGCUGUUGCAUAUGAUUAUUUAAUGAGUGUUUUCCUUUCGACCUAAGUGUGAGAAUAGAAGACCUUGCCUCUUUCACAGCCAUAUUGUCCUGAAGAAAACUCUUUUGCAAAUAAUUUUAAAUGGUGAGCGGACUUCAUGCACAACCAUGACAUCAAUUCAACAAAAAUAUGAUUUCCAUUAACUUGUGUCACUUUAGGUUUGGUACGCCUGAAAUACUAUAAUGCUCUACUAAUGGAGUUAGUAAAGAGUUCAUUUGGAAUUUGAAGUGUAUUGCAUACCAUAUAUAUCUAUCUUAAUUAGUUCCCACUUUAUCAGUAAUAAACUGUAUUAUAGUUAUAGUCUCUCUCCAUGCCCACAAGGUAUGCUUGCCUCUAAGGUGAAGCCACAUUAGCUCACACAUUUGUGGAAGAUUAUCAGCUGAACUGCACUUGUACUUCCACGUAGUUAGUUGAAUGAAAAUAUACUGUUGAAGCACAUGUUUUUAUGGAUGCUGUUUUAUUCUUGUUUCAUGAUCUACUGAGUAUUAUUGGAGCUAGCAGUUGUUAAAAUGCGUUCAUUUGUCUUAUUUGCCAUCUUAAAAUGCCUGCAAACUACUACAUUAUACUUUUUCUGGAAUGGACUGAGGACUUGUCUAAAAUUCUGGAAGGUUUCAAAUUUUGCAUAUGUAAUUAUUUUCUUUGUUAAAUAAAGUAUAUAAGUAUUUAAACUAUCAUCAAUUUUUU